AUGGAUAAAGAAAACUUACUAAUGAUAUUUAAAUCAUAAAGUGGCAAUAUUUUUGGCGCUUACACUCCUUUAAAGUGGAUUUAUGUAGAUAAAUACAUAACUGAUCCUUCAUGUAAUUCAUUUUUAUUUUCAUACACUCACAAGUCUAUACAUUAAAAUAAAAAGGAUGAAAUUGCAUUGGAUAUACGGAGAGAUGAUGGUCCUCGUUUUAGUGUAGAUUUAAAUUUAGAUGGUGAUUUUGAAAAUGGAUAUUGA